AUGUUUUGGUCUGUCAUCAUCGCCGGUGUGUCUAUGGCCCCGAAAUCAAAUGCCUCGGCCAACACGGCCGUUCUAGCCUUCAUGAUUACAUGGUCGAUGCUAUACACCGCCACUGUUGGAUGUUACGGUUGGGCUGUAGCUCAAGAGACCGCCGCACAAGCGACACGUCCGAAGACAAUCUCGUUCGUCUUGAUCUGUCAGCAGCUGACGGCUCUGUUGCUGUCGUCUGUCUUUCCCUACUUCAUCAAUCCCGAUGAACUCAAUUGGGGUGGUAAGGUUAUGUUUUUGUUCGUCGGAGUUGAACUCUUCAUCAUGGCUGGUCUUUACUUUCUUCAGCCGGAGACUCAGAACCGUUCCUACACGGAUAUCGAUGCGCUCUAUGCCGGCAAGGUUUCUCCGCGAAAGUUCCCAGACUUUGCUGUUGUAGAUGGUCAGGCUGUCAGGGUCAAGCAGGAGGGCACUUGGCCUGCGCGGGUGUUCGACAGAACUCGCCAUGUCAAAGAGGGUCUCUGUUGA